AGCUCACUCCGCUCUCUGUCAUUGUUAGCUUGGAAUGUUCAAAUUUCAUAUAGGCUACGCCUACAAGAAGUUGCUUUUCAAAAAAUGGACACCUGUUAACCUAUAGCCUGCAACAGGCAGUCUUAGCCAUGUGUCAUAUCCUAAUACCACACAAGCAGAACACAUGCCGUAUGCCUAUUCCUCUAUGCAAACACAAGCAACACUGCAAGAAGGAGGUGGAUUCAUGAGCCAACAAGAAGGAGCAGGGCGUGUAUGAGUUUUCUGCCAGGAGAGAACGUUCCAUAAAUAGCAUGGGCUGAGUCCUUACGUCGCCUCGCAGACACUUUUUUUUAUGGAAUUUGGUACAAUGGCUAGAGAGACUCCUGUUACGACCCAAGUUGCCCGUAACCAACCUACACAUGUUCCACUCGAUUUUCAAAUCACGGACGUCGAAAGUUGCGUUUUAUACGACCGGCAUGGAGUUCCCGUUCCUUUCCAGAGUUUGUAUGAAGAGCAAAAAUGUAUCAUUAUUUUUGUGAGGCAUUUUCUGUGCUACACCUGCAAGGAAUAUGUUGAGGAUCUCAGCAAGAUAUCCCAGGACGCUCUUCGGGCUGCUGGAGUAAGGAUGGUUAUUAUAGGACAGGCAGCUCCACGGCACAUAGAGCCAUUUUGUUCUCUGACCGGAUGUCAACAUGAAGUGUUUGUUGACCCCGAAAGGCAUAUUUACAGCCGCCUUGGCUUGAGGAGAGGGGAGAUAUUUAUGGAGUCAGCAUCUGCUAGUCCCCACGUUAAGUCAAGCAUGUUAAUGGGGAGCUUGAAAAGUAUGUGGCGUGCCAUGAACAGCCCUGCAUUUGAUUUCCAAGGAGACCCACUCCAGCAAGGAGGCACCAUUAUAGUUGGACCAGGUCCAGAAGUCCAUUUCACACAUUUUGAUAACAAUCGCCUGGACCAUAUGCCCAUCCACUGGUUGCUGCAGUUGGCAGGACUGCAGCCAUUGGAUUUCAGAGACCAUUACAAGGUCAUUGACAUUUAAUAACCUGAUUUGACCCGGGUGUGCUGUGUUAAAUUUCUAACUACAAGCUAUUAUGACCAGGCAGGCACCUGUCUUUUGCAGGUACUGUAGGCUCAGCCAAACAUGGUUAAUUAAGUGAUUGUGGGAGGUGAUGAGAUAACAUUAGAGUAGGUUAUGUUAUGUUAUGUUAUGUUAUGUUAUGUUAUGUUAUGUUAUGUUAUUGCUCAAAUUGACUAGGCUCCCUUUUCAAGAAACAUUUUCAAGGAGGGCGCUGUGGCCCAAUUGACAGCAAUACAAUACAGCAUCUGUACUCCAUACAGGCCAAGUGCACACGGUCCCUAUCCCAUGUCAUCUCUCUUUCGAACUCCCUCCCUGUCACUCUCCUCAUUGUCCUGUCUCAAUAGUACAUGAACAUAGGUCAAUAACAACGUAAUUACUAAUUACUGCUAUUAUGUUAUUCUAGAAGACACACUCCAAGACUUAAGAGCAGUAGAUAAUAGAGCUGUUUUAAUGAAGGCUGUAUACUGUCGUGCUGUUUAUAUCUAAAUAGUUGUUUAUCAUUGUUAUUAUUUUGCACCUGCUUUUUGUGGGCUUUUUGCAUCUUGGUUGUGGCACAACAUAGAACCAUUAAACCACCUCUGAACAUG